AUGGAGUCGAGUGUGGAGUUCUCCUUGAUGGAAGAUAAAGGUGCCCUCAGCCAACCGAAGACCCCAAACAUCGCUGUAGAGAAUGACGGGCGUACCAUCUCACUGCAAGUACUGGAAUUGAAAACAAGUCUCCUGGAGGCGGUCGAAGAGCUGCAUAUUCACAGGGAUGCUGAAACAAGAUAUGAGGAGCAGAUGUGUAAACUUGUGCUGGAGAAGCAGGAGUUGGAAUGGAAAAAGGAGUCUUUACAAAGUCAGAUUUCUAGAAUGUCGAACGAAAAUUCAGAGUCACUUGCCGCUUUAAGAAAGCAGUUUCAGGCCCAAAUCCGGAAAAUUGAGGGAGAAAAGGGUAAAACCCAGCUGGCUGCGGAGCUGAAAGACAAAGAGAUCAUCAGCCUCAAAGAAGAACUAAAACAGCUGCAGUUGCUCAGGUACAGUUCGGAGAAGAAAUUAGGCGAGCUGGAGCAAAAGUUGCAGCUGCAGACACAAACGAAAGACAGCCACCUGAACCAGCUGGGAGAAGUGGAGAGGCGUUUCGCCGCCAUCUCCAGACAGUGUGCCAUGGUCAAACAGGCCCAUGACAAACUCGAGCAAAAUGUUGAAGAGGCCAUGCGAAUGAAUAAAAAGCUCACAUCCAUCAAUGAAAAACAAGAAUCUUCGAUUAAAGCCUUGAAAGAGGAUUUGGAGAGCAUCAACAAAGAGCUGGUCACAUUAAGAGUGUCGUCUGUCUGCAAACCUGGAGAGGAACGUUUACAGAAUGUUCUAAAAGAGCAAGAGUUUCAACUGCUUCGGCAGCAACUCCUUGUGGAAACAGAAAUUAACAAAAAACUGAGAAAUGAAAUGGCCACAGAAAGGGCAGAGAAGCAGGAGGUAUUAAGAUCCUUCCACCAGAAUCAGAGUUUGCUGCAGAGACAGACAGAAGCUCUGAGUCGAGUAGAGCAGGAGCUUCGCAAACUCCUUGAGGAGUAUCAGGUCCUUAAAACAGAACAUGAAUUGAACCAAGAGAGGACUAAAGAAAAAGACAACAGCUUUGCUCACUUGAGAGAUGAAUACCAAAAUUCUAAACUUGCUUGGGAAAACGAGAUUCUUAGGAUGCAAAUGUCAACGGAGUCUGGUCAAGAAGAGCUGCAAGCCGUAAAAGAGGCAUUUAAUCAACUUCAAGAAGAGCACAAACAGCUGUCUAUUUCUGACGUUCAUAAAGCCAAAGAAAUUCAUAGCUCUGAGGUUCCCAUAAAAGAUCAAGAUAAUGAUCUUUGUACAACAUCUAAUAAGGUUAACCUUGUGAAGGUGAGCAGUCUCCAUGAAGAUCUUGAGGAGAGUCUUAUUAGUCCUCAUGAUAGCCAUGAACCAAUGUUUCACCCUGAUAAAGGCAUUCCAGAUGAAAGCAUCAAGUUUCAAAAGGCUAGAAAAGAUGGCAGCUCUCAGAACAACAACAAGGAACUUGACAUUCCAAUGCAGGCAGAUAGAACAGUACUUGCAGUCUCAUUAUCGGUUUCAACUGAUAACAUCUCAAGACCUGAGAAUCUCAAUCCCAUGAUGAAGCAUCUGUCAAAGCAGUGUGAUGAAACAAAAACUGGUGUCAGUGAAAGUGAGCCAGUCUGCAACGCAGAUGAUAAAGGAUGCCCCUCAAACCUAGUCCAAAAUGACACAGACAGUCGUCUUACUAAGCUAUCAGGGCCUGAAACCAGGUCUGUUUAUGGUGUAGACGGCAACCCUUUGACUUUGGAACCGAAAGAUAGACCGCUGGAGCAGAAUCUGUGUAUUUCUGAAGUGACUGAGUCCCAGACAUCAGAUAAACACAUGGACAGCCAGGGAUAUGCUACAUCUCAGUCCGAAGAAGUCAAAGACCACCAGAAUGGCGCACCUGAAUUUCUCAACAAAUGUUCACAAAAGGAAAGUCAAACAACUGCUGAGAGACUUCCAGAAGACAAAACCGCAAACUCAAAUCCACAAGACACAGUUGUUUUUAGUGACAGAAUUACCAUUACAGAAGGAAUGAUUGACACCCAACCAAGCCCAUGCCACCUAACCAUUCAUGAGGAGCCUGAAAGCUACUUUGAUACUGGGAGUGCCACAAUAACUUCAGAUACACUUCUUCAUGAGUCCAAAGAUCGGUUCUCUCCACCUGAAUUGAUUCGUGAACAUUCACAAAUACAGGUAUCCCAAGUGGGCGGCUCAACUGAAAUAAGCUUCUACAAUGUGGUCAACAAACUGGAAUCUAAAGAGUUGCUUUUUAUUGAUCAGACCACUUCAGUGACUGGAGUUGACACAGUAGAGGACAUAUCAGAAAAUAACGAUCAAAACAAUGAUUCAGAACCAUUGAGAUCUCAACAGAUUGAAAUGGGCGUUUCUAAAUGUACUGAAGAAGCCAAGAUCACAAACCCAGAACAAGAUCCUUCUUCUCCUGGUUCUACAAUACCAAAUGACCAAUCAGAUGUUGACCAGAAGAGCAUUCCAGUGCUAGAUACUUUAAACCAUCCUGGAAAUAGAAGAUAUCAGUCGUCCUUUGCAUGGGACACAUUUAUGAAAGGGAAAAAGAUGCCACAUCCAACACCAUUAAAAACUGAGCUGUGGUCCUCUGGAUUUCAUGAGCUUGUUUCUCCAUUUUGUGAUCCCAUAUUUAUGAAGAAUAAGUUGCCAAAAACAGCCAUGAUGAAGACUCCUGACAGACCGGAAACCCCAAGCAAGCGUCAAGGAGAGUGGAAUGCUAUCAAGCAGUCUUUUUCUGAAAUGUUAUCAGAGAAAGAGAAUCAAGUUCUUAUCCCCUACAGCUCGACUCUGAGUGGCAGUCCAACCUCUUCUUCUGUGGGUAAUGGGCUGCGACAAAACUCCACUCCUACCGUUCCUCCUCCCAAACUCCAGAGCAUGGAGAAACCGAACCGGCCUAUGGCAUCUAAUUCUGAAGGAAAAGAAGAACGAAAACAAUCUGAUAUAAUGACCCAAAUUGCAAAAAUUGAGGAAUUUAUGUCAGCUGAAGGUUUAAUGCCUCCAAAAAGACUCAAAACUGAUUGAUAUGUGCUAGAAAUGCAUGCGUUCGUAAGUCGUUGCAGAGUUGAAAAUGUUUUUGCUUAGGUAUGUUUCUAACCCUCCUUGUGAGUAGACAGUGAAUAUGAUAUUUGUGUUAUUUGCUUACUACAUUUCCAAAUAAUUUCGCUAAAUAAAUGUUAAAUAUU